AUGGCUGCUCCCUCUACUCACACUUGUGGGUCUCUCAAGGGCCCUUGCAGGGUUAGCACUGUCAGCCGACCCAAUAGUGCUGCCUCUGCCACCUGCCGACCCGGAAACAUCUUUCCUCGCCGCUCUAGCAUUUGCCUGCCUUCCCUGGGUCAACCUACCCCCUCACUUCCCAACAGUUGCAGAAGUGGGGGGUUUAUGCCUUCUACGUGCCUUCCUCCUCCUAGCCUGGGUUCCACCUGUGUCCCACCACCAUGCAUCCUACCCUCUGCUCGCCCUCUGCAAUGCUUCCCUAGGGGCCCCGAGGAAGGGAUCCUCAACUGCAAUGAAAAGGAAACCAUGGAGUUCCUGAACAACCGUUUGGGCAACUACCUGGAAAGAGUGCGCUGCCUGGAGCAGGAGAAUGCCGAGCUGGAAGCCAAGAUCCGAGAAUGGUACGAGCAUGAGAAUGCUUACGUGUGCACCGAUUUCAAGCCAUUCUACUGCACCAUUGAUGAACUUCAGCAACAGAUUUGCUGUACCAAGGCUGAUAAUGCAAAAUUGUGUCUGGAUAUUGACAACCUGAAAAUGGCUUCUGAUGACUACUGUACUAAGUAUGACUAUGAACUGAGUUUGCGCCAGCGGGAUGAAUGUGAUAGCAGUGGCCUCCGUAAAGUUCUGGAUAACCUCACCUUGUGCAGGGCUGACCUGGAAGCCCAACUGGAGUCCUUGACUGAGGAAAUGAUGUGUUUGAAGAAAAAUCAUGAGGAGGAGUCCUCUGCCCUUCGUUCUCAGUUGGGUGACCGCAUCAAUGUAGAGGUGGAUGCGGCCCCAUCUUGUAACCUCAAUAAGGUCCUGGAUGAGAUGAGAUGCCAAUAUGAGGCUGACCUUGAAAAGAAUCGCCGGGAAGUAGAAGAUUGGUACUGUGCACAGAUGGAAGAGCUAAACAAGGAGGUGAUCUCAAGUGGAGAACAGCUGCAAUGCUGCCAGACGGAGAUAAUUGAGACUAGGCGUUGUGUUCAGACCCUUGAGAUUGAACUACAGGCUCAGCAGAGCAUGAAAAGUGCACUGGAGACCACACUGCAAGAAACAGAAUCCCGCUACUGCACCCAGUUGGCCCAGCUCCAGUGCCUGAUCAGCAAUGUAGAGGCCCAGCUCACCGAAAUCCGUAGUGACAUUGAGCGCCAGAACUGCGAUUACAAGGCACUUCUUGAUGAAAAAGCCCGACUGGACUGCGAAAUUGCUGCCUACCGUAACAUGUUGGAAGGGGAAGACUGCAAGAUCCCCAAUCGUCCAUGUGAUCCUGAAGGUUCGACCACCGUCCGUUCAACUGUUUGCCGGCAAGUCUGCAAGCCAGAGCCAAUCUGUGUUCCAAUCUGUCCUCCAGACUGCAAGCCACCUGGGCCCAUGGUUGGACCCAAACUAACCCCAUCCUGUGCAAACCCCAGUGGUCCAGUUUUUGCCACUUGUGGCCCUCCACCAUGUGCACCCCCUCCCUGUGGCCCACGAGGUCCAUGUGGCCCACGUAGUCCAGUUUGCCCCCAACCAUGUGGCCCAUGCCCACCUGGCCCACGAAUCAACACCAAGAUCUGCCGCAUGUGA